UUAAUCGGACUGCUUAGUUGUUGCUUGGCAACAGAGUUUUUGUAUCUAUUUCCGUGUUGCGACGUUGAAUUUCCGGCAUGCGGGGAAGACGCGGGCUGCUUACUGGUAGAGGACAGAAAGUUCACCUGGUUCCAAACUCAACAGACGCCAGGACCAAGAGAUAAUCCGCCUUAUUCACUUCUUCCUGAAUGUUGCACAUGCUACUAAAAUAUAAACGUUGUGGAGUUAAUAGAAGAAAGUACAGUUUGGCAGGAGGCAGCUCAUAUGUGUCUCAAGGGAACGUUUUUGGAGUGAAAGAAGAUUUUGCCGACAGCACUGCUAAUUGUAUCAUAUUUCUUUAACCAGUAACGGCCUGCUCAAUUCAACUCAUUUGUCUUAAAAAAAUAAGAAUAAUUCUGUUUGGACUUUGUCAAAUAACUCCCAGCUGGAUAAAUUGAUUGCAAAGUCAGUCUACUCCAAUACAAAUACAUCCAGAUCUGAAACAGCAACCAUGAGCAGCCUGGACGGAUACCAGCGAUUUUAUUCUAGUUGCCGUGACAAACCGACCGUCACCGGUGAUCUAUCAGACGUCCACGAGCUCGCCAAGGAGCCUCUCCAGGGGCUGAAAUUGGCAUCACAUGCAGUGCUGGACACAGCCCAGCAAAGAGGCAGGUUGAAGUGCUCUAAAUGCGGAGGGUCGAGGAUGUUCUUCUGCUACACAUGCUGCUCAUUAGUGGGUGUCAACAUGCAAGAAAUUCCCGUAAUCAAGCUCCCUGUGAAGAUAGACAUCAUCAAGCAUCCGAAUGAAACAGACGGGAAGAGCACGGCAGUCCACGCCAAGAUUCUCGCACCCAACGACGUCACAAUGUAUACCUACCCCUGCAUUCCUGAGUUUGAAAAAGACAAGGUAGUGUUGGUGUUCCCAGGCCCGGGGGCUGUUUCAGUUCAAGAAAUGAUCCAGUGUUUACGUGACGGGAGUAAAAACAGGUCGGGAGACCCCUUUGAGAAACCCUGUCUUAAGAGGAUGAAAGGUGAAGCUCACGCUGCCACAAACUCUGCUAAGGACGCACAGUCGGGGACCCCAGAUGAAGCUCAGAGCUCAGAGUCAAGGGUGUACCCUUUACAGAGGGUGGUCUUCAUCGACAGCACCUGGAACCAGACCAACAAGAUCAGCACAGACGAAAGGCUUGAAGGUUUGCUAAAGGUGGAACUGAAGUCGAGAAAAACUUGUUUCUGGCGAAGCCAGAGAGGCAAACCGGAUACUUACCUGGCUACUAUUGAGGCUAUCUAUUAUUUCCUCAAAGACUUCCACCAGCACUGCCUGGGUCAGGAGUACACUGGAGAAUAUGAUAAUCUGCUGUUUUUCUACUCCUACCUGCAUUCACUGAUCAACAGAGCCAAAGCUUCUGCUGGAAAGUCCUGAUGAAAGGUGUGUGGAAAGAACGUCGGCUGCAUGUGACUGAGUGGGAGUCUAAUUAACAGUUAAUUUAAAAGCCUGUGUGUAUUAUUUGAUCUGAUUUUCCAUUGCUUGAACAUUUUAUGUUAUAUGGAAGGCUGACAUCACUUUGCAUAAGAAUAUGCAAUAAAACCCAGAUUUCACAAUUUA